AGACUCGGCCGAGAUGCUGGCGGAGAACCUGGUGGAGGAGUUCGAACUGAAGGAGGAUGAGCCGUGGUACGACCACCGGGACCUCCAGCAAGAUCUCCAACUUGCUGCUGAGCUUGGGAAGACAUUACUGGAUCGGAACACGGAGUUGGAGGAUUCUCUUCAGCAGAUGUACACAACCAAUCAGGAGCAGUUACAAGAAAUUGAGUAUCUCACCAAACAGGUGGAGCUUCUACGGCAGAUGAAUGAACAGCAUGCAAAGGUUUAUGAGCAAUUAGAUGUCACAGCCAGGGAACUGGAAGAAACAAAUCAAAAACUAGUUGCUGACAGCAAAGCUUCACAGCAAAAGAUUCUGAGUCUGACUGAAACAAUUGAAUGCCUACAAACCAACAUUGAUCAUCUUCAGAGCCAAGUGGAGGAGCUGAAGUCAUCUGGCCAAGGGAGAAGGAAGCAGGGGAAGUGUGACCAGCGGAAAGCGACGCCCAGCUUCUCGUGUCUGAAAGAGCUGUAUGACCUCCGCCAGCACUUUGUGUAUGAUCAUGUGUUUGCUGAGAAGAUAACUUCCUUGCAAAGUCAGCAAAGCCCUGAUGAAGAAGAAAAUGAGCACUUGAAAAAAACAGUGACAGUGUUACAGGCCCAGCUGAGCCAGGAGCGGCAGAAGCGAGUGACUAUGGAGGAGGAAUAUGGGCUUGUGCUAAAAGAAAACAGUGAGCUAGAACAGCAGCUGGGGGCCAUGGAUGCCUACCAAGCACGGGCGCUGGAGCUGGAGGCUGAGGUAGCAGAGAUGCGGCGGAUGCUGCAGUCGGAGCAUCCUUUUGUGAACGGGGUUGAGAAGCUGGUGCCAGACUCCCUGAUUGUCCCUUUCAAAGAGCUCAGCCAGAGCCUACUGGAGGAGAUGUUCCUAACUGUGCCAGAAGCACCUCGAAAGCCUCUCAAGCGCAGCAGCAGUGAGACGGUCCUGAGCAGCUUGGCAGGGGGUGACAUCGUGAAGGGCCAUGAGGAGACCUGCAUCAGGAGGGCCAAGGCUGUGAAGCAGAGGGGCAUCUCCCUUCUGCAUGAAGUGGACACUCAGUACAGUGCCCUGAAGGUCAAGUACGAAGAGCUGCUGAGGAAGUGUCAGCAAGAACAGGACUCCCGGUCACACAAGGCUGUGCAGACCUCCAGGGCUGCAGCCAAGGACCUGUCCAGAGUGAAGGCCCAGCCUGAGCCCGGCACUGGAAUCUUGGAGCCGGCCUCUGUUACCCCAGAGCCCAUCGAUUCCCCCACUGCUGCGACACCUCCAGAAUACAAAGCACUUUUUAAGGAGAUCUUUAGUUGCAUCAAGAAAACCAAGCAGGAAAUAGAUGAACAGAGAACAAAAUACCGGUCUCUCUCCUCUCAUUCUUAACUGAACCAACAACCCUUCUACUAAUCUGCCUAUUUCUUAUCACCUCUCUCUCCCAAAAGUGUUUGUUGAGUCACGGCCUGACGUUUCUCAUGACGUUUGCCUCCUCGCGUUAUUUAUUUAGCAAAUUUGUACAGCGAGGAAAAGAGGUGGCUGCUGGUGUCACUUCUACAGUCCAGUUCCCUUUAAGCACUCCAGGAAAUCCCAUGACAAACUGGCCUCUGGCUGGCACAGUGAUUAGGCUUCGACUCCUGGAAAAGCCCUAAAACCCGUGGAGGGAAGAUGUAUGUUCCUGAAGAAGUAGGUCUAUAAUAACUGUGUUGGUGUGUGCCGUUUUGAGUCGAUUUCCAAUUCAUAGUGACCCUAUGUGACAGUGUAGAACCGCCCUGUCGGGUGUCCUAGGCUGAAAUCUUCAAGGGAACAGAUCGCCAGGUCUUUUCUCCCUCAGAGCCACUGGUGGGUUUGAACCACUGACCUUUCUAUUAGCCUAACGUGUAACCGUUGCACCCCCAGGGCUCCUGUAGUAACUAACUACAGCAUGGUGAAAAGGGCAACUCCUACUGCCUCUCAGCUUAACUUGUUAAAAGUUUUGUAGCAGUCAGGCAGGAGGCUGCCAACCUGACCUGAGCUUGCAAACACUGGUGGAUACUGUGAAUUCAUUAGGAAGACUGUUCAGGAGAAAGCAGGGGUCUAAUCCAAAAUAAAUGGCAUUAACAAAUACUCCGAUGUUUUGUUACAUCUGCUGCCAGCCGAACCGUGACUGUCAGAUAACCCAUAAUAUGUCUAAAUUGAACUGAAUACUAGACUGAAAGGGCAAGCUUUGGUUUGAUCAAAAUUAGCUUGUUAGCAUACACCCUCGAGGGCCUCCACCCCCGAAUUCAAAUGUUUUUACUCAAGGCAUUCACUCAGUAGGUUUAUCUGACAUUUAGGAUAGGUGAAUAUGUAAAUCUUUACUUCCCUUCUCAAAUU